UGAAGAUGGAGGUUCCUUCUCGUAUUGGUCAGAGGACGGAUGUAAUCAUCGGUACGCUUUGGUUGAAGGAAAACGGCUGGUGUUUAGGAAUCUUCCGCUACCUGAGGACAUCGGAUAUAACCGAGCGCGGGCGGUUACUGGCAUGAGGUUCUUUCCCAGGGAUGAGGUUGCGGUCCGUGUCCACUUCCCUGCUGCCUAUUCGUCGCUGGUGGAGAGACUUGAAGCAGAUUCGUUGCAGCGGCUUGAGGGGUUGAGUCUCGCCGAUAAGAAUCAUCUGUGUUUGGUGAGAGCGAUACCGUCCGUAACGCAGCAGCAGCUAUCCCAAAGGAUGUGUCGAUGUCGGUUGGUGUUCCAGAGGAUCGAUUCCGCCCGAUCCUGUAUAGGAGGCUGGACCCUAGUCGGCAAGUACCGACGGUGCCCAAGUUCCCUCCGGCGAUGCGACAGCAGACGAUGCAAAAUUCCGCUGGUCGCCUUAGGGUGUCGUCGCAUCGGUCCACCGGGGGGGCCUUUCAUCAACUUACGUUGGUUUGGGCAUUGGGCACCGGCAGCCGGCGGGAUCGAGGAAAGAUGACUGUUCGGUUCCAUCCCCGAACGGGAUGAAAAUAGGUGAGUUGGUUCCAAUGGGGUCGGUUGGAAAUAUCGAUACUUCAUCUCGUUUCUUCCAUUUUAGGUGCUGCCGGAUGUAUGUGAAGGAUGUCGGCUGAUUCAAGUCGGGUGCUGGUCCCUUAGUGCACAGGUCAGAAUCAGGUCGGGUCUGGAUUGAUUGUUGG